AAGAGAAUUUUGGGUUUUGCUGUUUUUUUUACACUGAAAGAAAGAGGAAGGAAGAAAGAAAAAACAGAGAAACACAAACACGAGCGAGUUGCGAAGGAAAAACAGUUUGUUCCAGAACUGAACCCAAAGAUCUUCUCUUUACGUGUUGUUGUGAGGACCCAAAUCUUCUUCUUCUUCUCCCACUGCUUGGAUCUGCACUUUUCGGCCUUUCUUCCAUUCUCGCACGCCAACUCCUUCACGGGUCAAUUCUAAUUCUCGCGCUGGUUUUUCCUGCACGGAAAAAAGCUUUCCGGAGAUAUUUGUCGGGUGGUCGAAGGGCGAGAAGGUUCUAGAUUGGCGUUGCUCUGGUUCUUCAGAAUUGGGUUUUUUGUUUGCUUUCAAAGCCAAAAUUGCCUCACUUCAUUUGGUAAUGGUUCAACAACUCAUGCAAGAUUGAAUUAUGGAUCCUGAAGGCAAAAAGUUUGGAGGAGGACCAAGAGAAUUGACAGGUGCUGUGGAUCUUAUAAGUCAUUUCAAAUUACUACCCCACUAUGAGUUUUUCUGCAAGAGGCCUCUCCCUGUUCCUAUUGCGGACACACACUACCUUCACAAUGUUGUAGGAGACACAGAAAUAAGAAAAGGAGAUGGGAUGCAAUUGGAUCAACUUAUUCAGUAUACAUCCUCCUUUAGAGAUACAAAUGCUCGUAUUCAGCCUUUUGACCUAGAUGUUCUCAAGGAGGCUUUUCAACUAAGGGAAACAGCUCCCGUUGACUUGCCUGCUGCGGAGAAAGGGAUUCCUACUAUUUCAGGAAAAUCAAAAAGUGAAAACAAAGACAAGGAGAAGAAGCAUAAAAAGCACAAAGACAAGGACAAAGACAAGGACAAAGAUAAGGACAAGGAGCAUAAGAAGCACAAGCAUCGUCAUAAAGACCGAAGCAAAGACAAAGACAAGGACAAGGAUAGGGACAAAAAGAAAGAUAAAAGUGGACAUCGUGAUUCCAGUGCUGAUCACUCAAAGAAACACCAUGAAAAGAAAAGGAAGCAUGAUGGAGAUGAUGAUGUUAAUGAUGUGCACAAACACAAAAGGAGUAAGCACAAGAGCUCAAAAAUUGAUGAAUUGGGAGCAAUUAAGGUCGCUGGCUAAGUGUUGUCAUACUGUAGUUCAUUUCUUUUCCUCAAUUGGUUGUUGUCAUUUGUUAAAAGUUGGAGGGGCCUUCAAUUGACAUUAUCAAAUUUCAUGAGGGUAGCUAGUGAUCUGACUAAAGAUUUCAUGAUGGUGAAUUCACCUGAUGAAGAAAAAGGGCGCAGGUAAAAUUUUAUGAAGACAAUCUUUUUUCUUUUGUACAAUAACAGUUACCUUAUAUAGUUGCCAGUACUCUGCAAAACUUUCCUCUUCCUUUUCCCAGUCUAUUGGAGCACUGGAUAUCUCAACAUGUAUACAUUAUUUUGGUCUUUUAAAGUAUUUUAGUAGUGUUCUUAAUCAAUCUGUAGUUCAAACAAACUAGAGUUUUCAGUCUUUUUGUUUAGGAUAACGAAUUAACUAUGGGGAUUACGUACAUUGAUUGCGUUCCCCCAUAUCAUGUAUCUAAUCUAAUGUUACGUACAUUUGAAUGUUU